UGGGCGGAUCCCCGCCGGCGGGUGGUCCCAAUGGGCGGUGGGCCCCGCGCGGCUGCGCACUGAGCGCCCGGGCGUGCAGUGCGGCGCCGUCGGCCGGAGGUGGAGGGGAGACAUGGAUCAGGGAUACGGCGGUUAUGGCACCUGGAGUACUGGGACCACCAAUACUCAAGGUACAUACGCGACAAAUGCGACAAGCUGGCAAGGCAUCGCGGCCAAGGAGAAUUAUGAGGGAUCUUCAUGGCACACUUGGCAGUCACUUUACGAGAGCCCUAGGAGUGACAUAGCAAAGGGUAUGCCAGGCUAUGAAGGCUAUGACUAUUACAAUACCCAAACCACUGCUGCUAACACAGCAGCCACGUACAACUAUGGUGCAGCAGCUGCUGCCACCUCCAGUUCUUGGGAAACUCCCAAAACUUCCGAUAUGAGCAUGAACACCGAUGUCAACACCAGCAUGCCCGUCGCGUCGUACAGCACCGAAACUGGGACGAACGAGAACUCGGAUUCCAUCAUAGCCAAAAUUAACCAGCGUUUAGAUAUGCUAUCAAAGGAGGGCAGUGGUGGAACAGGCGAAGGCAUGGAAGACCAGGAGAGCUCUUUCAGGUUUGAGUCUUUCGAAUCGUAUGACUCGAGGUCUUCAAUGAACGACCGUGACAUGUACAGAUCUGGCUACGAUUACGGGGAAGUGGGAACCGAUCGGAACGAUUCCUUUGGGAGCCAGUUCGACAACCGCAGGGAUCAGUCGCGCAACCGAGGAAACAACUACGGCCUCAUCCGAGGAAGGGGGCAAAACCGCGUUCAGAAUCGGGGGCGUCUCAACACUUUCAAUCGCAGUGACCACUUCAUGCCCUCCUCCAGUACGGAGCGCCUGUCGGCUCGCUGGAAUGAGUUGAACUACAUGGGUGGGCGCGGGAUGGGCGGGCCUGGUCCCAACAGGCUCCCUUCUCUCUUCUCCCAAGCCCUUGUCCCUGACUACGGCGACUAUGGAGACUAUGGAGAUUACGGUGAUUACGGCGACUAUGGAGACUACGGCGAUUAUGGUGACUACGGCGACUAUGGGGACUAUGGAGACUAUGACUAUGGCAUGAUGGGCGUAUCGGGCAUGGGAAUGGGACGGUACGGUAACAUGCCGUACGGAAUGGGGCGGCAACGAAACAGAGACAGAGUGAGUACGGUGCCGUGGCACCUGAACACCCUCACGCCGAAAAGGAGAGGUUUCCGCAACCGUUCAGGAGGACGAUCAGAUAGCGAAGGAGGUCGCAAGCGAAAACAGUCCCAAAGCGGAGAUGAGCCAGACAGCAAACAGGCAAAGACUGACAGUGAAGGAGAUGACACUGAAAAUGCAGAUGAGGGCGAAGGAGAAGAAAAAUCGGGAGAUGAAGCUGACAAAGGUGAGAAUGGGAGUUGUGGCGAUUUGGCAAAGGAAGCAUCUGGAGAUGGCUGUGACGAUGAUGAUGAGGAGGUGAAAAAGAAGAGGGAGAAGCAGCGGAGAAGAGAUAGGAUGCGUGAUCGGGCAAUGGACAGAAUCCAAUUUGCCUGUUCUGUGUGCAAGUUCCGCAGUUUUGAGGAAGAGGAAAUCCAGAAACAUCUACAAAGCAAGUUUCACAAAGAGACCUUGCGAUACAUAGGUACCAAACUUCCAGACAAAACCGUUGAGUUUCUGCAGGAGUACAUCGUCAACAGGAAUAAGAAAAUCGAGAAGCGACGUCAGGAACUGACGGAGAAAGAGGGAACAAAACAGAAGCCGGAUCCGUUUAAGGGUAUUGGCCAGGAACAUUUCUUCAAGAAGAUCGAGGCAGCUCACUGUAUGGCUUGUGACAUGUUAAUUCCUGCACAGAACCACCUUCUCCAGAGGCAUCUGCGAUCUGUAGAUCACAACCGAAACCGCAGAAUGGCUGCGGAGCAGUUCAAGAAGACCAGCUUACAUGUCGCCAAGAGCGUCCUCAAUAACAAACACAUCGUCAAGAUGCUGGAGAAGUACCUCAAGGGUGAAGAUCCCUUUACGGAUGAAAUCACCGACCAGGAUGUGGAUGAAGCGGAGGCCUUGGAAGGUGGAGAUGGCGGCGGGGAAGGCGCAAGCGAAACCGCUACCGCAGAGACCGCCCAGGCGGAGGAAGGAGGAGCAGGGGACGCGGGCGACGCUGCGGACGUGGCUAAAGCGGGAGAAGAAACCGAAGGCGCUUCGGGAGAGUUGUCUAAAACCGAGGAGUUUCUUAAACACGUAGGGGAGCAAGAUCGCCCGAAACAGCUGCUGAUGCCCCCUUUCCUGCAAGAUGAAGACCAAAUGGAAGCAGAGGAGGAAGCAGAGGAGGAAGCAGAGGAUGCGACGGCCGUAGCCGCUUCGGAAGCGGAAGCAGAGGCGCCCUCGGAAGCAGCCGUUGAGGCAAGCCCGGAGGAGCUGCCUUCGCUUUCAGAAACUCCCCAGGAGCCAGCAGCUUCCACAGAAAGCAAAACUGAUGCCUGGGCAGCCAAAGAGAAAGAGGAGGAGGAGAAGGAGGAGGAAAAAGAGGAGGAGGAGGAGGAGGAGGAGGAAGAAGCCGCGAGCAAGGCAGCGCCAGCUGGAUGCAGUGAGCAGGAGGAGGAGGAGGAAGAGGAGGAGGAGGAGGAUCCACCAGCAGCUGCUGAGCCGCAGCAAGAAUAACUCUGUGAAUGUUUGUGUGAAGGUUGAAGACUGCAGGAAGCUGUACAUUCCCUGAGAAACACUUGAGCUGCCUCACCACCUUUUUUGAAUUUUAGAAUUGGAAAGCUGGGGUUUGCAAAAUAAAGCCGUGAUUAGAGCCGACAGCUGUUUGGUUUUUAAGCACAGCAAUAAAGCUGUAUGAUUUCUUGUGUGACA